AUGUACCGGCAUCCCCGCAACUACCGGCCGCAUUGCAAAGUACUGGCGAACGAGGUCGAGGGCCAGAUCGUGGCCUGGGUCCUGGAGAUGCGUAGCGACGGCGUUCCCGUGACGCACCUCAUGGUGCACUUGAAGGCGAAAGAGGUCGCGUCCGACCACCUCGUGCAGUCGAGGUUCUCCGGUUGA